CUGCCGCUAGCGCGAUCCCCGCGUCCUGUUGAAAUCAAUACAGACUAUAAUAAAAAAUAGAAAACGACUCAAACACCACCCCCGUACAAUAAAACACCCAUCAAACACUAAACCAAUGUGUAAAGGCGUAGGAACAGUUGUAAAAUGCUUUAUACAUAGUGAAGUGUAGUUGAUAGAAGUUAAGUAGGUAAAUAAAUGUGUGAGAGGUGAUCCAUAUGAGGUGAACAAUAUGACGUCUCUAAAGCAUGGAGUCAACUUGAGCCGACGUGCGUGCAGGCAUCUCGUUACCCUACUGGCUGCUGGAAUUCUUCUAGCUUCAGCUUCUGGAAAUCCGAUUGAAAGCACCACGAAACAGAGUCCGUCCAUAACUGUUGAUGGGAUCUCCACGUACCCUGGCCUCGGGUUCGGACCCAUGGGUCCCGUGGCGCCGCUCCCUGGCGAGGUGCCGGGGAAACAACUACGUCAGCAACAGGUUACAACUACGGAAGCCGUUACCACCGUCAAACCGAAAAAGGAGAGGACGUUUGUUAUAGCAGCAGUCGAGUUCCAUCGGGUCGAAACGCCAUUCCUGAUUGGAGUAUGGAUCUUCUUUGCUAGCAUUGCUAAAAUAGGUUUCCAUAUGGCACCUCGGUUAUCAAAAAUGUUUCCAGAGUCAUGUCUCCUCAUUUUUGUCGGAGUCUUAAUCGGUGCAAUUCUUUUGAGUACUCAUAGCGUUCACGUACAGCCGUUAACACCUGACACCUUUUUUCUUUAUAUGCUACCUCCAAUCAUUUUGGAUGCCGGUUAUUUUAUGCCUAAUCGAUUGUUUUUCGAUCAUCUUGGGACUAUUCUUUUAUUUGCAGUAGUUGGGACAGUUUUUAAUACGCUAACUAUUGGUGCAUCUUUAUGGGCAUGUGGUCAAACAGGAAUGUUCGGUUGUACUACACCAUUACUUGAUAUGCUUUUGUUUGGUGCUCUCAUAUCCGCUGUGGAUCCGGUUGCUGUGCUUGCGGUAUUUGAAGAGAUACAUGUAGAUGAAGUGCUGUACAUCGUAGUUUUUGGAGAGUCUUUACUCAAUGAUGCAGUUACGGUUGUUCUUUAUCACAUGUUUGAGGCCUAUACAGAAAUGGGCCCUUCGCGACUCAUGUACACGGAUUUCUUAGCAGGCUUUGCGUCAUUCUUAGUGGUAGCCGUUGGUGGUACCUGUAUUGGAGUAGUAUGGGGUUUUGCUACUGGCCUUGUGACUCGUUUCACUAAUGAAGUCAGAGUAAUCGAACCAAUAUUCAUAUUCGUCAUGGCUUAUUUAGCUUACCUGAAUGCUGAAAUGUUCCAUAUGAGUGGAAUUUUAGCUAUAACGUUCUGCGGCAUAACAAUGAAGAACUACGUCGAAGCAAACAUAUCACACAAAUCGCACACUACGAUCAAGUAUACGAUGAAAAUGCUUUCGUCAUCAUCUGAGACUAUAAUAUUCAUGUUCCUUGGCGUCGCCACAGUCAACAAUAACCAUGAUUGGAAUACUUGGUUUGUUUUGUUGACUAUACUGUUUUGCUCAGUCUUUCGCAUAAUAGGGGUGUAUAUAUUUAGCGCUGUAGCUAAUAAGUUCCGUCUGCACAAAUUAAAUACUGUUGAAAAGUUUGUUAUGUCUUACGGAGGUCUUCGAGGCGCGGUCGCAUUUGCACUGGUGCUAUUAAUAGACCCAGAAGUGGUCAAUCUGCAGCCAAUGUUUGUAACCACUACGAUAGCAGUUAUUUACUUCACCGUGUUCAUCCAGGGGAUCACUAUUAAGCCAUUGGUUAAAAUACUGAACGUAAAAACCGGCGAGAAGAGGAAACCAACGAUGAAUGAAAGAAUACAUGAGAGGUUUAUGGAUCAUUUAAUGGCAGGCGUUGAAGAUAUUUUAGGAAAACAUGGCAAUCACCACAUACGCGAUAAGUUCAAAAGAUUCGACAACAGAUUUAUUCGACCAUUCCUACUCCGGAAUUAUCAGGGAGCUGAACCCAAAAUCCUGGAAACUUAUUCCAAAUUAGCUAUGAAAGACGCAAUUGAGUAUAUGCAAAGAAACGCAUCGACGAUUGGUAACAUAUCUGGAGCUGAGUCAAUGUCAGCUAUUUUUAAAAACUAUACAAGUGCUAAUUUUAAUGGAAGCCCAAGCUUUAGUCAAUUAGACUCUUCAACGUGGAAUAUUGAUAUGCAGGAAUUGGAAUAUAAUCCGUCCAAAAAAGAUUUGACAGAUGCCAGGAUUCACCAUCUCCUUGCUGAAGAACUCUGCAAACCGUAUCGGCGUCACCGCCGAUUAAGCUACAGCCGACAUGCUGUAAACGACCGUGAUUUGGGCACACAAGUGAACUAUAAAACUCACAUGAAUAUACGACGUUUAGUAGGCGACAGAAAACACCAUCACAAACGCAGUAAACGAGGAAAACAGGAUGGAAAGAAUCAUGUAACUUUCCCAGAAUUCCAGCAAAAUGGUUCGGCCAAACAGUUCACGCACGGUAAAAAAAAAUAUUAUAGAUUAGACUAUAUUGAUGAGGUGCUUCAAGAGGACGAUGAGCAGCCCCGCCGUGAAGCGGACGAUGGCGGUAUAACUUUCACUGCCAAAUCCCCGCCUGGAUUUAAUGAAGUCAGUCCGACAUCCUCGCAUAAAGAGAAUAGUAGUUCUCUGCUAAAUCAAUUGGCUAACUUGCCUGGCUUCAAUCCUCUCAAAGCAAGAAUUGUUAAGCAGUACGCUAAAACACCUGAAGAGAUACUGCCGACAGCUGUUGAGAAAUCUUUACCGUGGAGAAGGGACAGAUCCACGUAUAAUUUCGUACCUAAUGAGGAUAUUCUUGAAGAAGAUGAGAGACGAAUGUCCGAUGACAACGAUGCAUACAUGACGGUGGCGGAGCAAACCCGGGUCGCCACCCCAACGGCGACCGAGACUAUGUUGCCAUGGAAACGAGAGGAAGCCGAAGGGACUACCGCCCUAAAGCAAUCAGAGUUUCCCGCUUGGGCAUCUAACAAGGAAUAUUUGGCAUACAGUUCACCAUCUGCUACAUUUUUAGGUGGCAUAGAGAAGCCAAAACAUCCGAAAUCUAUCAUAGGUCUCUUCCGAAGAGAGAGCUCAAGUUCGACGCAAGCUGCGGAUUUACCGGUCCUAUCAGAUUCAGAGAGUAAAGCAUCGUCAAGUAAAGGGGAGAGCUCCUCAUCCAGAGGAGAUCAGUUUGGACAUUCGAGACAUCCGCCAAGUUUGUUAUCGAAAAGAAGCACAAGCCUCGGUGGUCCAUCGGUGCUAUUGAUGGAAGAUGUUGCUCAUUCUGAUCCACUUGGCGCGUCUUCACGACCGGCCAGUAUUAUGCAGGGCCCGCAUCGUGGACAGUGCAGAAGGGGAUCUAUGCUAGAAUUAACUGGAUCUCUGUCACGUGACGCGAUAACGGAAGAGAAAUGCAGCAAAUCAUUGCCCGAGAGCGAACGGAUGGGUGUUCGAAGACUAGCUCUAGGGCAGCAAAGUUUGCCUAGAGAGCCCUUCAGUCGUCAACUCACCAUGGCAUCUACCCUACUCACCAGCUCAUCGUCGGACGAAUCAUCCGAUGAGAACACCUGAGUGCCCCGCCGUGGUAACCACGAUAGGUUGCCACUGUUAAAGUAUAAGACACUAGAGUAAGUCCCAAAAUGACCUGGUGGUGAUGCUACGUGUACUCAAUUGAAUAUUUUUGUAUGAUACGGUAUUUGAUAUUGAGUAGGAUAUAUCUGUUUCAACGCAGGUAUAUGUGUUAAAGGACUGGAUUUGUACGUUACAACGUAAGACUACUUACUAUAAAAUUGUACACAUAGUAAAAGCCUGAGCAUUGCUACAUUUUUUAAUUUGACAUUCAUUUGUACAAUUAAGGUCAAGACAAUUAUUAAAGUAGGUAGCCAUAUAAGGCAUUUACGACUAAAUAAACGGUUAUUACGGUUUCUUCAUGCAAAAUUUUGUUGGAGUAUUUAAUAUUUUAGCUUGUUUAGUUUAUAUGACUGUUUGUAAACUCGUGUCUUUAGAGCGCGUUUUGAGUUAAGUUAACAAACGAUAAAUUGGUGUUGUCGAAUUGUUUGGUGUAACGCUACGAUUUGACUAGAGCAUGACGUUUGUUGACUGUAUAACUUGCACUAAGCGCACUAAUUGUAGGACAACAAUCGAAAUAGCAAACACUAUAUAAACACUAAAAUUACCUGAAGUAUAAAGUAAAGUCACCAGUAAGACCAGUAGCCUCUAUCAGUAAAAAUGACCCAAUUUAUGCAUUUUGGUGCCAUUUCUGUUGUAUACAAAUCUCUUAAAUUAAAUUGGUGCCAAUUUUGUUCUACAGGAACCUCUUGACUACACUAAAUUGACAAAAGUAGGGUAGGGCUAUCCCUUAAACAAUGCUCCCUGUAGAAAAAGAUAGACCUACUUUUAAGUUGGUUCAAAGAUUUGAUAACAGAAUUGUCAUUGUCAGGUCCAAGAAUAUUACAAGUAAUAUUUCUUUCGCACGGAACAUUGUGUAAAGUCUUGUACGUUUAUACUUGUCAAUCUAGUUUUGUUAAGCGCGUGUACAACAGAAUUGCAAUCGUUAUAUUAAUGCACGAGAAGUUACUAACGUGUCAUCGACUAUCGUUUAAUUUUAUUAAAAAUGUAAUGUGGCAACGUUCUUUGAAAAUAUUGUAAUAGAAAUUAAUGAUUGCUUCCUAUUUAAAACAGUUCGGCCGCUGUAAGCGCUGCUUUUAUAAUGAUCCAAAUGCUCUUACUAGCUGGAAAAUGGACCCUUGAGUGAUUGAUUAGGGCUGGCUGGCUGAAGACGUUGCUUGCACCAUUGAAACGCAGGGCAAUCCAUCGCUAAGCAAUCCGUCGCAAUAUAAUAUUUACAAAUAUUUUUUUUCUGGUAUGGUAGGAGUCAGACUUGGCAAGCUAGUUACUACCUUACCGACAAAGACGUCCUUUACGUUUUUUUAUGUUAAUUAUGACGUGUAGAAUUCAGGGGUUUAAUAUAUCUGCCCCUAACAGUUUAGCCCACUAUCAUGCUAGACCAAUAUAAUUAGUUCUUAUCAGACUUACUCUUAAUGGAAUGAAAAAUACAUAUAAAUACAAACUUUCAAGAUAUGAGUAAACGACAGUCGAUUAAAUUACCAUGCAAUUUGAACUUUGCCGCUGUUGUUAUGAUUUGACUCGCGCUUACGGCGGUCAAGUUUUAAUAAAAAUAGCACUAGAAAUAUUAAUAUUUUAUUUACAGAUACUAUUGCUCGAUAGAAACCAAAUUAUAAAAUUGCUGGAAAUUAAAAAAAACCUCAUCAGUAUUUUUCUAUGCUCUUUUAUGACAAAUUGAACUGUGAAAACGUCGUGAUAAAGUAGUAAUUAUCCUCAUACAAAUAGAUAGAUAAUAAUAUUUAUAUAUACUUACUACCAAAUAGUGAAAUAAAAUGUAGUGCCGAUUUUUAAUUACAUGGCACCUGUUGCCAAUGACAAUACAUGUUAGAAUAUUAUAUAAAUAAUGUAAAUAUUAAUUUAUAUUAUAUUUUAGAUAGCUUUUGAUAUUAUUAAUUAAUUGAUGCUAAUUUGUUGUGCACAAUUAAAGUAAUUAUUUGCUUGAGCACAAAACUUAACAAAUAGAGGACUGAAAAAGUUAAAAACUUUUCACUACAAGACCUUUCCUAUGUCAAUAAACCUAACAGUUAUUUGGAAAGUAGCUGGUCAAUCAUUUGUGUUGGUACAUAAGCCAAGUUUGAAAGGGGCACCUAAGAAAUUAUUCCUUAAAAACUAUUACUAAUGGUAAUCUAAGAAAUGAUAACAUAUUAUAUAAUAAUAAGCGAAUUAAACAGUUUUCAACUGAGAGUAACCUAAAUAAAAGCAACAACCUUUACGAAUUGUUAUAUCUUCAAAUUAUAUUUAAAACACGUGUCUGUACGUGAAAAUGUGUGUGAAUUAUUGUCUAGAAUCAUACCAUAUUUCUGAUGCCCUAGUAAUCCGUGACCACAUUCGAUCUGGUCGAUGUAGAACCAGAUGAUGUUAUGGUUGCCAUUGCUUAAAGUUUAGGAAAUACUCCAUCGACUUAGUGGCCCCUCUCUCCAGUUAGCCUUAAGGCUGGAAUACACAUGCCUGUACCUGCAUAGCAGCCCCACCAUGCCGUCUACUUUCAUGGUUAUACGCAAACUGGCAUCCCCUUAUCUGGCAAGCGUGUAUAUCGCACGUUUGAUUUUUUAGUAUUUACUUGCAUUCUAAACCGAGAAGACACAAGAAUUCUUAUUACUGCUAUAAACUUUGUGCCAGUUACUUUCACAAGACGGUAACUAGCAUGUACGUUAUUGUCUUGUUUAACAGACAUGUGUAUCGCCAUCUUUACAUGACUAUGAAACCUACAGCCUUUACGUGAAAGAGGUAGUCAGGUAGAUAGGUUAAUACCCAUAUAAAGUUUUGUGCUCAAGAGAGUUAGUAACAUUGUUUUAUAUAGGUACUCAUGUAUAUUUUAAGAAAAUAUUUGUUGAUAAACGAUAGUGGGAUAAUUAUUAUCUUGUAAUGUGAAAAAUUCUUGCAUUUU